AAUUUAAAAUCGAUUAUUUUAAUUAUUUAAUUAACCAAUUUAUUAUGCUCACAUUAAAAAUGCAAUCAAGAACGUGGGAAAUUUUUCAUUGUAUUUAUCCACUGUAGUGGAAAUAUUCAUAAAAAGACAAAUUUCACACUGUUUACUUGUGAGAUAUCGACGCUUCAAUUUGUUUUUUUUUUUUUUUGAAACCAUGGUAAUCAACACACCAAAUUUUUGUUCCAAAAAUGAUGGCCUUUUUUAUUAUAUCACGAACGAUUUCGAUCCAAAAUUUACCAAAAGUAUGAAUGAAGAAAGUCAGUUUUUAAGCUGCUAUGGUGACAGAUUAGCCGUAAUGAAUUUUUGUCGCCAAUAUAACAAAAUUCCAUCGAAUCGUAAAAUGCAACUUAUAGACAAACUGCAAAGAAAAAUAACAGGACAGUCUUCUAAGGAGCAGGAAAGAAAAAGAGAAAAAAACAAACGAAAAAUUGAAGUGGGUUGGCAUAAUUGGAAUGAAGGCGAACAUAAAUAUAAACAAGUCCGCAUGAACACUGGAGGUGGAACAAGAAGAAUUUUGUUGCCAAAAAUGGCUAAGAGAGACGAAAUCUUAGAAAAAGCCAAAAAUCUUUUUUUUCCAAACGGAAAGUCUUCAAGGGGAAACCUGUCCGAGUUUAAAAUUGACAUUCAAGAUUUUACGGGAGAAUAUAUUAGUCAGCAUGAAACAGUAGAUGAUAUGUACCUGAAUAGAGGUGUAACAAUUUUACGUUUCUAUUUAACGUCUAAAAAAAUCCCGUGCACUGUUACCUCGGAUCAAGGCAUAGAUGAAAAUUUAGACGGACAUUUAAAACAAAAUGCCAGAAAAAGAUAAAUAUUACCUAGUAACUCUAAUACUUCACCCCAAAAAACCCUAACAGACCUUACUAAUAUUGGAUUGGAUUGUGCAGAUAUAUGGACUGCCGAGUCAUUUGAUAUGGAGCUGCCGGAUUUUAACGAAAAUGAGGCAAUAAUAGGUAGUACACCAUCAUUGACUGGCUAGGGAAUAAUGAAGAGACUCCUGAAUCACAAACUAAAUUAUUAACUCUUCACCGUGGAAACAUUUUUCAAGAGUUAUUAUUAAUGUUUAAAGAAUUUCAGCAGCUUCCACUAAACGUAAAAAUUAAAAUGAUUGCCACAAACGGAAUUGAGGAAAAUGGAAUUGAUUUAGGAGGUAUUUUAAGAGAUACGCUAUCAGAGUUUUGGAACACGUUUUUUGAAAAGUGUACCGUUGGUUCUGGCACAAAAGUACCAUGCAUUCGACAUGACUUUGGCAAGAACGAGUGGGAAGCAAUCGCCAAAAUUUUAUGCUUCGGAUAUAAAACAGAGAAAUAUUUUCCCUAUAAACUAUCUAAAUGUUUUAUAAUUUUUUGUUUUUUUAACAAGGUUUCGGAUUUAUCAAAAAACUUUCUUCUUUUUGUUGGCAGUGCUGAUUCUGACAUUAUAAAAGAAGCGCUCAAUUGUUUGUCAAAUGAAGACGAAUUUGAAAAUAUGGAAGAGUUAAUUGAUAUUGUAAGUAGAUACGAUUCGAAGUUUUUGCCUACAAAACAGAAUUUAAAAAAAUUACUAGAUGAAAUUGCUCAUAAAGAGUUUAUUCAAAAACCCAGUUAUAUUAUAAAUCUAUGGAAACCAAUUUUCAAGAAUUUACUAAGUGAGGAAGAUAUUGAAAAUAUUUAUAAAAAGUGUACACCAACUUUUAGAAACAUAAAUGACAAUUUGUGUCUACCCAAUACACUCACGAAAGAAAUGAUAAAUACAUAUGAAUAUUUAAAGGAGUAUCUACGAGAAUGUAACGACGAUAUGAGAGCAAAAUUUUUAAGAUUUUGUACUGGAGCUGAUUGUCUUAUAGUGAACUCACCUAUAGCAAUUCAAUUUACAAAUCUCGAUGGCUUCCAGAGGCGACCAAUAUCACAUACAUGCACCUCGACCUUGGAACUACCAACAACAUAUAAUAACUUGCCGGAUUUUAGAGAAGAAUUUAAUUCUAUUUUAAAUGCCAACUUUUGGAAUGUUGAAAUUGCCUAGUCUGAAUA